AUGACGGUUGGUAAGACAUCUAUUUCAGCAUCAAAUGACAGCAUCAGAAAUCUUGGUGCUCACUUCACACCACAAAUGGACAUGGAGAAACACGUCAACACUGUCUUGAAUAAACUACAACGAGUUCAGAACACAGCUGCCAGAAUCAUCACAAAAACUCCUCGUCAUGACCAUAUAACACCAGUGCUCAAGGAACUUCAUUGGCUACCAAUUUGUCAAAGGAUCGAUUACAAGGUCCUACUGUACACUUACAAGGCUCUCCAUGGACAGUGCCCACAAUACACUAUAGACUUAUUGUGUGUGUACCGACCAGCUAGAGACCUUCGUUCUAGCAAUUCUUUAACACUUGUAAUACCACGUACCAGAACUGUGACAUUUGGAAGACGUAGUUUUAGCCAUGCUGCACCAAGAUUAUGGAACGCACUGCCAGAGUCAGUUAGAAACGCCAAGACACUUAACGCUUGCAAAAGACAGCUUAAAACACAUCUUUUCCGCUCCUAUUAUGUUGAGUAA